UUAUGGGAGAGCCUGAGAAAGAAGAUGGAGUUGUUCAAUUGAAAAUUGAAGAAGGUGAGAAAGAAAAAGAAGAAAAACAAGGAAAAGAAAAUGGUGGAGGAGGAGGGGGAAGUAGUAGUCAUCAACAACAAAAACAAAAAUUAAUAACAACUGCUGGGGGUUCUUCUGCUUGUUCUGCUGCUUUAACAGAAGAUGCUGAAUCACAAGCAACAACUACAAAUUUGGAUGAAAGUGUGGAUGGGGAAAUUGGUGGGGGAAAUAAUGAACCUGGAAAAAUGUUUGUUGGUGGGCUUAGUUGGCAAACUACUGCAGAAGGUCUUCGCGAUUAUUUUUGCAAAUUUGGAGAAGUUAAUGAAUGUAUGGUUAUGCGAGAUCCAACGACCAAACGUGCUAGAGGCUUUGGAUUUAUUACUUUUGUAGACCCAAUUUCUGUAGAAAAAGUGUUAGCAAUCGAAAUACACGAAUUAGAUGGAAAACGAAUAGACCCUAAAAUAGCUUUUCCUAAAAAACAACAACCAAAAUUAGUUGUAAAAACAAAAAAAGUUUUUAUUGGUGGAUUGUCUUCUAAUUCUACUAUAGAGGAUCUUAAACAAUAUUUUUCACAAUACGGGAAUAUUGAAGAUGCAAUGUUAAUGUUUGAUAAAACUACUCAACGGCACAGAGGUUUUGGUUUUAUUACAUUUGAUGAUGAUGAAGUUAGUGACAAAGUUUGCGAAAUACAUUUUCAUGAAAUUAAUGGAAAGAUGGUUGAAUGCAAAAAGGCACAACCAAAAGAAGUCAUGCUACCUCUCCAACUAAAUAAAACCCGUGCUGCAGCUCGUAAUCUUUAUGGAUUAGCACCAGAACAAUUGCUAGCUUAUGCUUCUUUUAUUCCUCGACUGCCUGCUUACGGCCCUCCUCCAGCUCCCCCCUCUCACCACCACCACAAUCACGCAAUGACAGCAGCGUUAACUGCAGCGGCAGCAGCAGGUGUAUAUGGACAUCACCACCACCACCCUCAACACGGAAAUGGAGGAGUUUCUUGUGCAGAUUUACCCCAAGGCGUAGAUUUGUUAAGAAUUGGUCCAGCAGCAACGGGUAUUCAAUUUCAUGGGAAUGGGUUUGCCCAUCAACAACAACAUCAUCCCCAACAACAAGUUACUAGCCAUUUUGCUUUGGGAGGGUCUGGAGGGAAUAAUAAUACUGGAAAUAGAGGAGGACAGCUAGGAGGAAAUAAUGCUGGUGGGGGACCUAUCAAUCCGAGAGAUUUGGCUGCUGCACAGUUGGUUGCACAACAGCAGGCUGUAUAUGAAGCUGCGAUGGUUUAUGCCAACCAAUUAAAUUCUUUGGCUGCCUCCGCCGAUUUUUCAGCAGCAAAUUCAGCGGCCCACCACCAUCAUGCAUUUAAUCAACAACAACAACACCAUUCAUCCCACACUUCAAUUCAGCCUCCUCCUCCCCAAAUUUUCUCAACAAAUGUUCCAACAACAACACUUCAUCAUCAUGUUGGUGGUCAAAUACAGUCAACAACGCAAAAUCAAAAAUUUGGUGGAAAGCCUUAG